UCAGCACUUGGCCGCAUGGUGCAGCACCUGUACUGUGAAACAACUGAAACUACGGGUGAGCACUCUCAUUUCCUCUCUGGUAGUAGUAAUAGUUCAAAAAUGGUGACUACCGCUAAUUACGCUUUUUCUUCCGACGGUGAAUAUUUUGCACAUUGCGGUAAUGAUGGAAAAUUAAAAAUUUGGGACACUGGCACUGGCCGAUUGAAACAAGAAUAUGUUUCUAAUUCUCAUCUUUCUUCACCAUGUUGUGUUUUGGCUUGGCUUUACGUCAGUUCUCGAACAACAAAUACUUCGCCUUCACCAUGGAAAAAACGCAGAAAGAAAUCAAUUUCAGAAGAAUCCAAUCAGAAGGGCAUUAUUGCCAUGGGUUCAACAAAUGGAAGAGUCACACUUUAUGAUACAACAACUUCCUUAGUUACUGCGCAAUUAAAUGGUCAUUCUGGUACUGUUACUGCAAUGACUUGGUCUGAAAAUGUUGGCUUAUUCUCUGCAGCAGAUGAUCACCAUAUUAUUCAGUGGAAUUUGCAAGAAAAUGGUGUAAGAUGUAAAUGGAAAUCAGGCAAAGGAAAAACAGUAUCAUUAGCAGUUUCACCAGAUGGAAAGAGUUUGUUAUCAGGAGAAAGAGUUAUUAAGUGGUGGAAUCUAGAUACUAAGCAGUUAGUAAGGACAUUCACAGGCCAUGCUAAUGAAGUGUCAUGUCUUCAUACUGUUCAAAUGACAUCUGGUAACAAUUAUGUUAUCAGUGGUGCUUGUGGGGAUGGUUACCUGAAUGUUUGGGCAUUAGAUGAACAAAGAAAUGAAAGAACUGCUGUGGCAAGUUUAGCUUUGCAAGAUGAUCCAAUAAGUGUUUCUACACACAUUUCUGAAAACUUUCAAGUGAUAGUGUUGGUAGUAACAAAAUCUGGCCAAGCACAUCUAUUUCAAUACCAACCAAAUGGUCGGUCAAAACCUUUGAAGCCAAGUUUAAAUAUUGCAGUUGCUUCUGAUAUAAGCCAAAAAGAUAGUGUCCAACAAAUUUCUAUCUUAAAUGGAAAAUUGACAGAAGAUGAAAAAUUAUUAUUAGCGUAUGGAACAUACCUUAAUCCUAUAUUUGAAAAAGUGACACCAGAUUUUUCUGAUAAAGUACAGUAUCUAGUACGUUCAGAACAUAAAAAAAGCAAAGACAGAAAAGAAGAAAUUUCUAAAGUGAAGUCCACUAUAAUUGAAGACAAUGUUGAAUAUCUUACACCAGGAAUAAUUGAAACUACACAAAAAAAGAUUAGAAGCAGUGGUGGAUCACAAUUAUUACUAAAAGAUAGAUUGGAAAACUUAAGCUUAAGUGCUGAAAGCAAUCCUACAGGCAAAAUCACGAGCACAGGUAAUAGUAGGGCACAACUUUUGGUACAAGGCUUAAAUAGUAAAGAUAAAUCUAUUUUGAGCAACAUUUUUCUCACGAAAAAUGAGACUAUUAUUAGGAAUACUAUUGCCAAGCUACCAAUUCAAGCAAUUGGUCCUCUUCUUAAAGAACUUACCAUCCUACUUCAGGGUAAAACAUACACGAGUAAAAUUGCUGUACGAUGGUUGGAAGCAUUAUUAACAACUCACGCGGGACAUUUAUUGUCACAAGCAGACCUUGUAGAAUUAUUUGGGCCAAUUUUAAGUUUAAUGGAUGCUAAACUAACUCUUUUAACAGAGCUCUUGAAACUUAAGGGUCGAGUAUCUCUUAUCACUGGUCAAAUUUCUCAAACAAUGGAAGAACACGACAAAGACAUUAGCGAAAACUGCCUUGUCUACCAAGAUACAGAUUCAUCAGAUGAAGAUGGAGUUGAAGAUGAAGAUUUGGAAAGCGAAUCAGAUGAAAAAUGGGAAGAAAUGUCAAAUCAAGAGGACGAAGAUGAACAAGAAGAUCAAGGUGAUCAAGAACAGGAGAAUGAUGAGGAUGUCACAAGUACGAAUUCUAAUUAUGAUAAUAUUGAUGAUGAUGAAGAAUCUGUAUGCAGCUGAAUAUUAAUUUGAGUGAACAUUGGAGUUCCUGAAUGUAAUAAAUAUGGAGAAAAAGAAAAAACAAUGGAAAUCUUGAAAUUGUUAAAUAAAUGUCGUUUUUCUACAAAAACUAUUCAAAUUAUUAAAUAUAUAUUAUCUA